CAGGUUGAUAUAAAGGGGCUGGGAAUAACAUGACAGCGUGAUUGGCAGCCAGCCAUUAAUUCCAUGCGAACUUUGUAAUCUCCAACCUUCGCACUUCUAUUUGGAACGCGCUGCAAGUUACAAUGCUUUUUAGAUUCUGUUUGCGACGCACAUUCACCCUCCUCAAGAAAAUGCAUCACAGCAGCUGCUCCUCGCCCACGGAUGGAUGCGAGCUUAUUCGGACUCGCUUGCUGUCCGCUGCUACAAUCAAGGGGGCAUCCACGGGGAGCCUUCAGCUGGCUCCCAGGGAGGCCCUCAACUACUGGUGUGGGUCCCGAGUGAAGAUUCCGGAACAGGACAAGAAGGCUGCGGAGCCAGUGUAUGAGCCCGCAACAGGUCGUUUGCUAUGUGAGCUUGUGCCUGCUGGGGCCCAUGAAGUGGACCAGGCCAUACAGAGCGCUCAGGCUGCCUUCCAGAAAUGGAGUGCAAUGUCCGGCAUGGAGAGGCAGCACAUAUUGAUGGAAGCUGCCAGGCUUAUUAGGGAACAUUGCGAAGAAAUUGCUAAAGUUGAAGUCAUCAAUAACGGCAAGUCCAUUUCGGAAGCAAGGGGAGACAUUGAGGUCUCUUGGUUAACCAUUGAAUACUAUGCAGGUUUAGCUGGAGGGCUCUCUGGUCAACAUGUGCAGCUACCUGGGGGCUCAUUUGCCUAUACUCGCCGGGAGCCAUUGGGUGUCUGUGCUGGCAUUGGAGCCUGGAAUUAUCCAUUCCAGCUUGCAGUAUGGAAGUCUGCACCUGCCCUUGCUUGUGGAAAUGCCAUGGUGUUCAAGCCAUCCCCUUUUACUCCAGUGACCGCUGUAAUGCUGGCAGAGAUCUAUACCCAGGCAGGAGUGCCAGAAGGACUGUUCAACGUAGUCCAAGGGGGUGCAGAAACAGGCAGUCUUCUGUGCCAUCAUCCAGGGAUAGCCAAGGUUUCAUUCACAGGCAGUGUUCCUACUGGUAAAAAGGUCAUGGAAAUGGCAUCAAAGCUUGUGAAGCCUGUUACUCUGGAGCUUGGUGGGAAGUCUCCUCUGAUUAUCUUUUCAGACUGCGAAAUGGACAACGCAGUUAAGGGGGCACUCAAUGCCAAUUUCCUAACCCAAGGCCAGGUUUGCUGUAAUGGAACUAGAGUGUUUGUGCAGAAGAACAUUAUGUCAACCUUUGUGCAGAAAGUGUUGGAACGGACCAAAGCCAUCAAGAUUGGAGACCCUCUGCAGGACAAUACUCGCAUGGGUGCCCUAAUCACCAAACAGCAGCUUGAUAAAGUCCUUGGAUACGUGCGCCAGGCUAAAGAGCAGGGAGCCAAAGUGUUAUGUGGAGGAGAACCCUUUGUUCCAGAUGACCCCAAAUUGAAGAAUGGAUACUUUAUGACCCCUUGUAUUCUGGAUAACUGCAGUGAUAACAUGACUUGUGUUAAGGAGGAGAUCUUCGGGCCAGUCAUGUCUAUUUUGCCCUUUGAUACGGAAGAGGAAGCACUGAGGCGGGCGAAUGACACCACGUAUGGAUUGGCAGCUGGUGUCUUUACAAGGGACAUUUCUCGUGCUCAUCGUGUUGCUGCAAGUCUUCAGGCAGGAACAGUUUUCAUCAAUAACUACAAUGUGAGUCCAGUUGAAGUUCCUUUCGGUGGCUACAAGAUGUCUGGAAUUGGCAGGGAGAAUGGCCAGGUGACCAUUGAGUAUUACACUCAGCUGAAGACUGUUAUGGUCGAGAUGGGAGACGUGCUGUGUGAUUUCUAACUGAGGUGAAUCUAUUCCUGAGUUGCCUCUCCUGAGACAGAUUGUGGGAUUCCUUCUAUUGAGUCUGUUAUCUUCACCUUUCAUGAAGAAAUUUUGUAAGGUUGCAUUAGGAAAUAACACUUCCAUUCCCAGUCCUGAAAUUGUUAAAAAAUAUCUUUCCAAGUGCCUUUCCUCCAAUUUUAGAAAAAUCUUCAGUCUUAACAAA